AACCUGUAUUAACGUACACUUUGACCAGGCACGUGAUCAAGCUAGCAGCUGCACGGGAACGAGUCUCAUUUCAAAGCCACCUUUGCAUCCACAUUGCAACUGGUUUGAAACAACAACAAAAAAUGAAGUUUCUGAAACUCUUUGGGCGUGCUAAAUCUGUGGUUAUUGGAAUGAUUCAUGUUCAAGCCUUGCCAGGCACACCUUUAGGAAGCAUGGUCAUUCCUCAAAUUAUCGAGGAGGCAUGCCACGAGGCAGAAAUCUAUCACAAUGCGGGAAUUGAUGGGCUGAUCAUUGAGAACAUGCAUGACAUUCCAUACACAUUCUCAGUUGGACCAGAGGUGGUUGCCUCUAUGACAGCGGUGUGUGCAGCGGUGAGGGCGAUCUGUCCGUCUCUGCCUCUUGGAGUUCAGAUCCUGUCUGCAGCGAACAGCUCAGCUGUUGCUGUUGCACUGGCUUCAGGUAUGGAUUUUAUCAGGGCAGAGGGAUAUGUCUUCUCACAUGUUGCUGAUGAAGGCCUUUUGAAUGGAUGUGCCGGAGACCUUUUGCGAUACCGCAAGCAAAUGCAGGCUGAACAUGUGCAGAUCUUUACUGAUAUAAAAAAGAAGCACAGCUCCCAUGCCCUGACUUCAGAUGUGAGCAUUGUGGAGACGGCCAGAGCAGCUGAGUUUUUCCUUUCUGAUGGUCUCAUCAUCACUGGAACAGCCACUGGGGUUCAGGCAGAUCCAAUGGAGCUCAGAGAUGUUGCAGGGUCUGUAAGACUCCCAGUUCUUAUUGGCUCAGGAGUGACCUAUGACAACGUGGAAAACUACCUUGAUGCUAGUGCAAUGAUAAUUGGCUCUCAUUUCAAGAGGGGAGGAGUUUGGGCAAAUGCUGUUGAUCCAGAAAGCGUUAAAAAGUUUAUGGGGAAGGUGCAUUUGCUUCGAAAAUGAAAUCCACCAAUUUGCUGCUAAAA